AUGCAAGGCUCCUACAAAGAUAAUGGACUUCCUCGUCCUUACUAUAUGAAACCGACCAGAAAGGGCUCGGCCUAUGACAGAAUGCCCCGCAACUUUUUCUUUUCCAGAACUCGUAAAUUGUCAGGCUACCUUUUGUUGCUCAUUUUGUUUUCCUUCUGUAUGUACUUGGUCGGCCAAGAGUUGAAGCCGGCGCCCCCUACUACCUUUGAACUUGACACAGCUCUGAAUGCCAAGGCCGGUCUCACUAGAGGAGACGUUGGUAAGCUUGUCGAUUCAGACAAGGGAGAGCAAAAGGAGAAUGAAAAGGGCGACUUGGCCCUGAACAAGGCGCAAAACUCCAAGGGCGAGUAUGGCCACGCCAUUCCGGAAGCUCCUAAGGGAGGAAUGGUCAACGAAGCUCCGGUCGUCGGAAACGACGAGGAUUUGGUUGUGGACGGAAAAACGAAAAAGAAAAUCGUUGAUGCCGUGGCUCCCGCCAAAGUCAGCGUGAAAGCGUCCAGGGAAGAGGACAUUGCUGAAAAGGAUUCAAAGAUGUCUCUAUCUCCAUCUUCGCAAACCUCUGCAUCUGAGAAGAACUCUUCACCAAGAAAAGCCAGCCAGCCUGUUGCUGAGAAGGACGAUGACUUUGAAAUGUUGAAGAAGACACUCAAUUCUCCAUACGACUCCGAAAACGAAAGAAAGGACGAGGAGAAGAAAUCUGGUAAAUCGAAGGGGAAGGCAUCAGCAGAUGACGAGGAGAUAAUCUCUGGAAAAUCAGAAUACGACGAGAAAGCUCCUGCUAGUGGAAGGAAGGUUUCUGUUGAAUCCGAAGACGAGCAGACUGUUCCUAUCAAAGCAAAGAAAACUUCGAAGCACUCUGGUUCCGACGAAAAUGAAAUUCCUCUUCUCAGCAAGGAUGUCCGCAAGUCUGUCGAUGAAGAGCAAGAAUCUCGCGACGAUAGCACUAAAAAGGAGACAAGCAAGUCUGAAGAGCAUGAACCCAUUGAAGAUUAA